GCAGCGCGGGCCGGGGCCGCGGGCCGGGGGCCGGCAUGGCGGGGCGCUGAGGCGGCGCGGCGGCGAGGGGCGGCGGCGCGCCCCGGCACGGGCACGGGCAUGGGCAGCCGCGGGGCCCGGCGAUGAGCGCUCCCCCGGCCGCGACCCCCCGCGCGAAUAUGGGCACAGCCGUGUCCAAAAGGAAGACGCUCAGGAACGAGGCCAUGUCGUCCGUGGCGGCCAAAGUGAGAGCGGCGAGGGCUUUUGGAGAAUACCUUUCACAAAACCAUCCUGAAGGCAGAAACGGCUCAGAUCACCUGCUAGCAGACUCCUACAUCGGGCAGGAGGACUCCCCUGAGAUGCAGCAGGUGGCCCAGAACAAGCGCAGGCUCUCGGUCAUCUCGGACGGCAAAUUCGAGAGGAGCUUCGCCGAGGAGCAGGCGGAGAAGAUGCCGAGCGAGGGCCCCAAGCCUCGGGUGUACACCAUCUCUGGGGAGAGGCCCAUGCUGUCAGAGCAGGAGAGUGACAGCAUGGAGCUGGUGGUGAUGAAGGGGGCUGCCCACGAGGAGUGCCACCACGGGCAGCACGCGCACGGCGCGCACGGCGCGCGGCACUGCAAGGCCUGGCCCGGCGGCCGCCAGGGCUCCAAGGAGUGCCCCAGCUGCAGCAGGCUGGCUGCCCCUUCCCAGCAGUCCAUUGAGCUGGAGCAGCACCCCCCUGCAGAGGCUGGGUGGCACAGGAAAAGGCUGGAGAGGAUGUACAGCGUGGAUCGAGUGUCUGAUGAUGUCCCCAUACGAACCUGGUUCCCAAAGGAGAACCUCUUCAGUUUUCACACUGCUACUACAACUAUGCAAGCGAAUUUUCGGAAGCACCUCCGCAUGGUGGGGAGCCGAAGGGUUAAAGCACAAACAUUUGCCGAACGGCGUGAGAGGAGCUUCAGCAGGUCCUGGAGUGACCCGACUCCCAUCAAAGCUGAUCCCUUCCAUGACUCUCGAGAAAGCCAUGACCUUCAGGAUUCCUGUGGGACUCUGGAUGGUGACUUUGACUUGAACUGGGAAGCAGAAAAGGAACUUGAAGCCAUGGCAUGUGACGGAGAAGACUUUAUUCCACCAAAAAUAAUGCUCAUUUCUUCCAAGGUGCCCAAAGCAGAGUAUGUCCCCACAAUUAUCCGCAGGGACGACCCCUCCAUCAUCCCCAUCCUCUAUGACCAUGAACACGCCACCUUUGAUGACAUCCUGGAGGAAAUAGAGAAGAAACUUAACAUUUAUCGGAAAGGCUGCAAAAUCUGGAAGAUGCUGAUAUUUUGCCAGGGAGGCCCUGGGCACUUAUACUUGUUAAAGAACAAAGUCGCCACUUUCGCCAAAGUGGAGAAGGAGGAAGAUCUGAUCCUCUUCUGGAAGAGGUUGAGCCGGCUGAUGAGUAAAGUCAAUCCUGAACCAAAUAUCAUCCACAUCAUGGGCUGCUAUGUUCUUGGAAACCCCAAUGGGGAGAAGCUAUUUCAGAAUCUGAAAAACUUAAUGAAUCCUUAUAGGGUUGCCUUUGAGUCUCCACUUGAACUAUCAGCUCAAGGUAAGCAAAUGAUUGAAACUUACUUUGACUUCCGCCUUUACCGCCUCUGGAAGACGCGCCAGCACUCCAAGCUCCUGGAUUACGAUGACAUUUUAUGAGCUGGAGAAGACUUUGCAAGAGGAAGCUCAUCACCAGUGUCCAAGAAGUCAUGCUUUAUUGCAGAGAGACUUUUUUAUUGGCACAGGGAGCCCUUCACAGCCCUACAGGAGGCAGCAGUGCUAAAGGGAGGGAAGGAGGAGCCUCGGGAGGAGAAGUGUCCUGGGCCAGGAGAGACUGGAGGGGAGGGGGUGACAGUGACAGUGACACCGCGCUGGCCUCGCUCCGAGCCGGGGGCCUCAGGAGGAGCUGUGUGAAACCAGGACAGGAUGGAGUUCCUGGCAGAACUGAGCUGCUUUGGGUCAGAAUGGGCCAGAUUUGAUUCCAGGUCCUUUUAAAGACUUUUGAAGCUCAGGUUUUCUUACAAAAAAUACACAAACCCAGUUAACCCAUGCACUACAGUGAAGAAGUCACCAGAGCACAGAGGGAGCAGGGGGUUGUCCUGGUGGGACUUUCUGUGCUGGGAGUCCUGGAGAGCAAGGACUGCUACACCUACUCCUGCAAGCUUAGAGCAAGAUCAUCCCUUUUCCAUGUGAAUAUAUACUGGGAUAUAGAACUGAAAUCUUCUUUUUUUGUUUGUUUUGUUUAAUAGAAAAUAAGUGCAAUUUUUAUAGCGAGGGAGGGGUAAAAUCCCUCCUGAUAUUUAAUUAGUUAAAAAUAACACACCAUAACCAAUAGAUGAGGUAUUUUUGGUCUGCUUGAAAAUAUAUUCAGAAUGGUAAUAUAUCUUCUGUAGACAUAUUUAAUCACCAGCAAACAUGGUUUUAACAUAAGUUAGCAGACCCUGCAUGUCUGCUGCAUUGGUUUGGUUCCUUUCAGAGUAGCUGUGCUGCACUACCUGUACGUGCUCUCACGAAUGUAUAGUUCUCCUCCAGUUAGCCACAAGUUCAUUACUUUCUAUUUUGCUGCUUGCAAAACUAUGGAACUUUAGUUUUGCUGAAAUACUUUAGGUUAGAAACACGGGACCUGGCUGGGGAGCCUCCGCCAGGCUCGCUUUGGUAUAAAAAUUAAUUAGAAAUUAAUAGCCAUGGUAAUUAAUUGUUGAUGCCAGUGUCUUGCUGUGUGUUGGGAGAGGAGCUCUCUGCCUGUGUGGAGACCCCUCUGAGGGGGCCAAGCACUGAGGCAUUUGGGAGAAAUGCUUCUGGAGUGGCACAGCACAGGCUUGGAGCAUGAGUUUGGCUCUUCUCUGUUCACUUGGUUGCCAGUUGUUUGUGCAUAACCCACCCCUUCUCCCCUGACCUGGUUCUUGGUCUGAGCUGCUCAGCCCCUUCCUGUGUAGGACAGAGAAAACCCUGAGCUCUGUCAGAGCAGCCUGAGAGCCCAGGUCUGUACUUGGUAUUUAAUGGUAUCUUUUGGAAUCUAUUUAUUUUUGUUUGGUUUGGUAAGGGGGUGCUUUUUCAAUUUUGGGGAUGGGGCUUAUUUCACAUUCUGCUGUCCUUUCAGAGGACAGAUAGUACUUAGAGUCUGUGUAGGUCACUGGCAAUUCUGGGAGGUUACACAAGUUAUUUCUUUUACAAGCAAAGGAAGUAACAGGGAAGAAUUACCUUAUUUUCCUGGUAUCUCAAUUUUGUUGAUUGUGAAGUGAAGGCAAAUACAUGUACAAAUCUUCUUUUAACUACUUACAAAGAGAACUUGGUGUUCUGAUCUGUAGAGUCCUCCUUCCCCUGUGCCAUACCUGUGGUUGUGAUUUUGGGGAGCAGGCCCCUGGCUAGAACUGCUGAACCCUUUACAUUUAGAGCAGUUUUAUAGCAAAACUUUUGAAGAAAUAAUGUACAUACAGCAAGGAGAGGAAUAGGUGGAGAGAGAUAAAGUCACUGAAAGCCACACAGACAGGUGUGGGCUGUUGCCUCCCCCAGGCUGGGAGCUUUGGUAGCCACAUCUCAUCCCUGGACUCAGUCAGGUUUGCCAGACUUACAGUGAAGGGGAGAGCAGGCACCAGUCUGUAGCUUUUGGAAAAAAAUGUCAGAAAUAAAAGAAAAAGAGCCCCAGAUUUAUGCCAAUUACUGUUUAGCAUUGGAGCUUCCACCAGCUCUGCAGUGAGAAGUGGGAGCCAGAGGUGCAGUGAAAGCACAAAGUCAUGUUAUCUGGAGAAGGAAAUGAUUGUGGGAGGAUUGAAAUGCUGACACAAAACUCUCCCCCUUUCUUUCACCUCCUAACUGGAGACAGGCAAGCUGUUCUUCCUUUCUCAAAUCCCAAUUCAGUGAACUUGGUAGCAUGAAUGUAGCAUUGUGGAACUAUUGAAAAUCUUAUUUAACCCCCAAAGGGCCCAUUUAUGUAUCCACUUGAGUGAUUUCUCUGUAGAACUGUUGUAUAUCCUCACUGACCACUUGUAGUACUUGGGGUGCAAAGUAGAAGGUAGAUUUUACAGUAAUUUCUGUCUUGGAAUGGACUAUGGACUGUUCUCCUGGUGCAGUUUAUGGGAUAUGACAACUGAUGAAUGCAUUUCCCUCCAAAGAUCUAUAUUCCUCAUAGCUUGUGGUGUUUAUAACAUGAACAUAUUUUUUCCUUUGUAGCAUUCAUUUGCCUAUAGAGAUGAAAUUCUCUCAGAGCUGUGACUGGAAUAGAGUUGUGAUGUUUGAUGUCCUGUGUGUGGCAGUGUGCUUGGAGUUAACCACUGGUGACAGGAAAACACUUUUAUUCCCCCUUUUUCCUGCUGGGGUUUUUCAGGUGGCUGCUGGAGAAGGAGGGGGUCAGCAGAGGCAAAUAAAAACUGUCAUUAUUAAAAGUUCAGAAGUGAAAAUAGAGCCUGGAACUUCCUCAGUCAGAGCAGGCUGUAAAGGAUGAGCCCAGCCUGGUCCCAGCCAGGACAGCCCCAUGCCCUGUGCCCCUGCAGCAUCCCUGGAGCUUCUGGGGCUCCCUCAGUCCCUGCCCAGGGCAGCUGGGCACACAGACAAUCCUCAUCCCCCUCCUGCCUGUUCCUGCAGCUCUCAGCACCUGCUCUGGGGUGUGUCUGAGCCAGUUCUGUCCUGUGCAGUUCGUGUGCUGGGCUGGGUGAGCAGGGAGCAGCUCCAUCCCCUCUGCCCUGUUCCACCCAGGAGCUGCUGCUGCUGCUGCCCUGGGCUCUGCAGCUGCUUUAGAGGGCAGGACUGGGACACCUGAGGAGGAGCAGGUUAAACCCAGAUGCUGAACUGUGUGCCAGCCCUGGCUGUUCACCAGGCACAGGUGGGGGUUUGUUGGAGGUGGUGGUGGAUGUGACCGCCAGCCUUUGCCUGGGUAAAUGUGUUAUCACACCUGUUAAACGUGAGAAAUGUGUUUUGGCCUGGGCUGGCAGUGUCACCUCCAGGAAGGCCUGACUGUCCCAGCCCUGCUCCUCAGCCUGGCUCACAGCUGGGAGUGGCCCUGGGCAUGUUCACUCAGCUGGAGAGGCCUGGGGGGUCACAGGCUCUGUGGGUGUUUCACUUUCUGAGAGGCUUUUCUCUUUUCCUCUUGUUUGACUGGGAAGGAAAAGGAAGAAGAAAAUUCAAGUUAUCCAUGUGGUGUAGAGACAGAAACAGAUAAAGCUUUUUGCACUUCUGCUCAUGCUGCAGCCACCAGCUUCCCUCUGCAGCACUCCAGGCCUGGGGUGGGAAACACGAAUUCCCAGAUAAUCCCUUCCUGUGUUAAAAAAACAAAAGCAGAAAAAUCCUUUCCAGCCAGAUCAUCCUUCCUGUGUGAGACUCUGGAGCCACCAGAGCCAGUGGAGUGGCUCAGCUCUGUGCAGGGAACUCCAGGAAGGAAUUUAUUCUUCAUUCCUCAGCCUGGAGCUCAGCACAGGGUUCCUGCUCCCAGGGGUGUGUCCAUGUGCUGCCCUGUCCUCACCCAGGCCUGUCCCAGCUCUGGGGGUUGCUCUUGCAGAAGUGGGAGGCUGGAUGUGUCCGGCUGCACUCCUGGCACGGAUCCACCCACAGACAGCUCCUGCCUUCUGCCCUGUGCCUGUUCCUGUUCCCAGGCUCUGCUGGCAGGGCUGCUCUGCACCCUCAGCAGCACAAGUGGGGUUGGCUGAAGGAAUGGAAAAUGCUGGUUAUAAGCAGCCAGCCUGGAUCUGGGAAUGGGAGCAUCUCCUUAAUCCCAGCCUGUUCUUAAUCCCACUGGAGGUGGAGUGGCAGGGCUCACUCUGCUCCCUUGGUCUGAGUGUGAACAUUCAGCUCCUCACAAGCCAGCUGGAGUCACACUUGGUUAUUAUUAAUGUCUUAGUCCAAGAUAAGUUAUGUUACUGAUGAGUGAGAAAAUCCUUCCAGGGCCCUUUCAAUUGGCACCUGCUCUCAGAACCCUCCAGCAGAGAUGUGCUGGGCUGUGUCCUCCUUCUUGGGGAACUGGGCCCCACUGCCCAUUACCUGUGCCCAGGUAAAGCUCAGCUCAGGUUGAGCUGAGCUGCUCUGUGCUCUGGGUUUUGCUGUGCCAGUCCCUGGAGCUGGGGACAGCCCUUCCCGAGGAUCCCAGUGUCCUCCCAAGGGCUAUUGAGUGGUGAUACAUUUUCCAUGUCAUCUGUAAAGACUCUGUGAUCCUGUAUUUUGUACCACUGACCACAGCCUCUCCCUGGCUUUCUGCAUCUUCCAUGGAAGUGUUUUUUAAUUCUCAUUCUGGAAACACAAGCCAAAGUCAACUGGAAACUGUUACUGGCAAGUCAGCCUGUUACUGAUCUCCUCUGUGGGAGCUGAGGGAGUAAAUGGGUGGUUUAAUGGCCAUGGCCCUGAUUGGGAUCAUUGUUAUUCCCAGGUGAUCCUGCUGUGUCAUUGGCACAGUUAAUAGUAGAUAACCUCUUGCUGGGGCAGUGCAUGAUCUAUCAGAGCACCAGGAACCAGCAGCAGCUUUGGUUCAGAAAUAACUUCAGCCCAAUUUACUGCCAGUGUGAGAAAUGUAAAGACUGAAAGGAAUAAACAUUAUGGACAUUAAAUGUAAAGAAUCUGUCUGAAGAGAAACUACAUUGCUUUUUUUCCAUAAAUGUUUAGUAAAUAUUAAAGAACUAAUGCAACCUAA